GCUUCUCCAAUGACCUAAACACAAUGCUGAUGUUGUUAAUGCAGUUACGCUGUUGUUCCGCUUAAGUAUGUUGCUGCCGUUGUGACCCACACAUAACUUAUCACUCCACACCUAACACUACCAAAAUGGCUGAUUACUUCAACUUCGAGUUUUUUGUGCACGCCCUAGAGUUUGUUGAUCCUUCUUUCGUAGAGGCGACUUUGGGUUUGCCGGACAGUACCCAUUUCCCAGUAAUACCCUACGCAAUUGCUUUCAGUUUUCUUGAUUAUCCUCUCAUACUGGUAUAUACGAAGCAAGGCGCUUUGGAGACUACCCCAAUCCCAUCCUACGAGUUUGUUACUUUCGACAGCGGCAAGGCUUGCGUUCUCCAAGCGGAUGCCGAUGAGCUGCGUUUCCUUGUUGAACAGACUCCACUCUAUGUAUCCCUAUUCCACGUCAAGACACUGCCCAAGCCAACUAUGCUUGCAGCCGGCCACACGCCGCUCCUCAUCAGCCCGGCGCCAAUGUCCAGCAGCGCCCAACAAGCUGGACCCAGCGGCGGCCCCGCCACAGCCCUCCAAAGCGCCGCCAUCCGCCAUGUGUCUCUCUUCAGCCCAUCAGGCCUGGAAGUCGGCACUGUACAUCUCAGCUGCCGUCUUACACACUACGGCCCUCGUGUUCCGCCCCUCUCCACCCUCAGCGUCCUGCCGCACUCCUCAGCCACCUUCACCUCCUCCACCUUAUCACGGCCAUUCACGGCACCCGGCACCCGACCCGACUCCUCCUUCGGCCCGGGCAUGCCUGCUGCUCCCGCUCAGCUGAUGACCCUAUCCCGCAGUGCCACUGCUACUGCUACCACCGCCUCCACAACCUCCACAACGGUAGCUGCUGCGACAGCCGCCGCGGCAGCAGCUGAGCUCCGUCGCCAGCGUCAGAAGGCUGUAGCUCACGCCUUGCAACCGCCUCAGCCGCCCUCGCUGUUCUUUGCUAACGACCCGCUGCUAGCACAGCAGCCACAGGCCUUCCUGCAUCGCGCCCAGGAUCAACUCGUACGGCAUCGCGAGGCCUUUAACGUGACCGCAACCGGCACCGGCUCAGCAGCAGGGGGAGCGAGGAGACAUGGUUGGACCCAACAGCAGCAGCAGCAGCAGCUAGGUGUACGGCCGUCGGCCUCCGAGGUCUUGGCGUCACAAGGGCAGUACGAAGCCCGUGCCAUGGGCCGAGGAGCGCAAGCGGAGGAUGACGAUAAGGAAGAAGACGAGGAGGAUGAGGACUACGAGGAGUUGCAGGAGGCGGAGGAGGAUGGCAUGGAAGAGGAGGCAGAUGAGAGGCAGCAACACCAGCACCAGCAGCGGCAACCAAGGCCAGGCCAGGAGCUCUUCCGUACGCUCUUCAUGCCUGACGCCACCGUCGCAACCAGCAGCGGCAGGCCAGCCACGGCGGGACAGGCGCCCGGUGGUGCCGCUCCCUUUCUGCUGUCCAACAUGCGCACACCGGAGGGACGAGAGGCGGCCCGCGGGGGCGGCGGCCGCAAAGGCGGAUCUCGGGGUGUUGCCGGAGUCAAACGUCCCUCAACAGCGCCGUCUAGCGGGGCCAAAGCGGCAAAACCCAAGGCGGCAGCAGGGCCAGCGGGGCAUCCGCCUCAUCAUCGAGCGCCACCGCCGCCGCCAAAGGUUGCCUGGGCAGCGCAGGGAGGGAACGUAGCCGCCGCUGCCGGGUCGGCUCCGAAACCAUUCGGGCGUGCGCCGUCGCCUGCAAGGGUGCUGCUUGCUGGCGGAGGCGCCAUUCCUCCGUACCGUCCGCAGCACCGACCAGCCGGGGCUGCCGCUGGCACUUCUGGCGCAGGUGCAGGCAGGCAUGGAAGCUUGCUGGAUGGCGCAGCUGCCAGGAAGGCCGCUGGCGCUGCUGGCAAGCAGCCUGACGCCGGCAGUCGCCGUCGGAGCUGCAGUCCGCCGUUGCAGGCGCGGCAGAAGUGGGAGGUGCCAGCGGCGGCGGCGGCGGCUCAGCGGCGACCGAUGACACCCGGCCGUACGACGCCGCAGCGGGCGUCAGCUGCGAACAGGAACCCGAGUCCGGCCCGCAAACCCCAACGGCAGCAGCAACAGCAGCUGUCGCCGCCGCGGCAGCAACUGGCGUUUUCAGGACGGACGCCGUCGCCGCCAAAGCGGCGCAGGACAUCACCCCUCCGCCGUCAGCCGGCGGCGGCGGCGACCGCUGCCGCUGACGCUUCAGCACGUCAUGAGGUUGAAGAUACCGACGUGACGUACGGCACAGUUAGCUUGGCGGCCGGAAUGGGAGACGAUGCUGCGUUGUCGCGGGAACAGCCCGAGGAGCCGUCAAGGAUGGAAGGCACGAGUACGGAUGCCAGCUAUGCUGACGAUGAUGACGUCAGCAGCACAUCGACAGCGGUUACGGAGGGCACGCGGCCACACCUCCCGCCACGCCGCCGUCGCCGCUGGACCGAUCCCCGGGCUACCGCCACCGCCGCCGCCGCCGCGGGCAGCGUUGACGGCGACUAUGCCGCUGAGGCGACGGCGAAGCGCACAGCUGCUGCGGGAACGAAUGCAGCUGGCGGCGCCGUCUACCAGAUGACUUCCGUCAUGAUGUGGGAGGUGAUGAGCUUGGUUACCAUGCGGACGGUCUUGUCGCAGGCGAUAUCCGCAAUGGGCGGUCAGAUGAGCGGCAUGGCGACGCAGCUGGCGGCGCAAGCGGCGGCGACGGCCAUGCAGCAAGUGUCGUCGGCGACGGCGACGGCGGCGGCCGCUGCCACGGCAGCGACGCAGCCUUUCGCAAUGGCGCAGCAAUACGCCGCCGCUGCCGCGGCGGCGGGAGGAAUGCAGCCGCCAGCGGCGGCGGCGACGUCAGGGCCGCAGCAACCGGGCAUGGUGCCGUACAUGCUGAGUCCGCAGAUGAUGGCGAACAUGCCGCCGGGUAUGCCCAUCCUCUUUCCCCCGCAGCAUCCCACUGGUGCGCCAAUGCAGGCUCAGCCGCAGCCGCCGUACGGCAGCACGCAACAGUACGGCAUGGGGGCAACGGCGCCGUACAUGUCAGGCUGGCAGCAGGCGUCAGCAGCGCAGCAGCAGGGACCCCAGCAGCAAGUCUCAGCACCCCAACAGCAGCAGCAGCAGCCGCAGCCGGAGGGCACAGCUGCUGCUGCUGCCGGAGGAGGCGGCGCGAUGGACAGAAAGCGGGGCUCCACCGACCGAGGAAGCUCCCGGACGUCCAACAACUCGAGCGGAGGGGUAACCCCCUCACUCACGCGGAUGGUCUCCGUCUCCGUCCGCCCGGCGCCUCCCAAACCACACCAACAGCAGCAGCAGCCGCAACGCCGCCUCAGUCGUAGCGGCAGCCGUACCUCCACCGCGCCUUCCACUGUCUACAGCUCCGAGUUCGCCUCAGAGCCCACCUCACCCGUCGGCGACACGCGGCAGCAGCAGCGGCCGCGUCUCAGCCUGGCUGUCGCAGAGGAGGUUCCCUCGGACCCCGAGCUGGAGGAUAAGGUGGAGGCGGCGGCAGGCGGCGCUAGGGCGGGUGGCUCUGCGGGAGGUGCGGGCAGGGCCACCUCUCCUGGCGGCUGGGUGAAGGACAACCAGCCGUCGGCGGCGGUACAACCACCCAUCAGGUCGGUUGACUCCUACUACAGCUCCGCCUACGAGGAGGACUUCGACGCCGAGGAUUCCGAGCUGCCUGCUACAACCAGCCUCCUCCGUCGUACAAGCACCCUAUCUCGCGGCGGCGGGCAUGGCAGCAGCAGCCGCAAGACCACGGCCGACCGGGACCAUCGGUCCACGCUUGACGAGGAGGACGAUGUGCUGACGGAGGUGGCGGAGGAGGAGGAGGAGCAGCAGCAGCAGCAGCCGGCGGGGAGGUACGGUAGCGGAGGUGGCGCAGCCGCGGGCGGCAGCGGCGGGGGAGCUGCGCCUGCGGCGGGGCCGUGGGCCCAGCGGGAGCGCUCCCGCAGCAAGGUCGCGUUCCAGGUGCCGGAGGCGAAGCCAGCGGGCCGCAGUGAGUCGUACAGCAUCUCCCUGAGCAUCAGCGAGGAGUCGGAUGUGGGCCCUCUGCCCAACCUGCGGCGAGCCAACAACGCAGUAGUGACGCAGGUGCAAGCGGUGGAUCCCGCCGAGACCGCUGACACGCUGCUGACGGACAUGGACGACCUGCUGGCCUCAGCGGACAUUCGCGCCUCAGCCAACUCCAAGCUCUCUGAGCCGUCAGGACCGGCUGCCACGCUGGCGCGACCCAUGGUUCACCGCAGGGAGCGUCAGGAAUCGAUCAAGGAGUCCGAAUACUCCGCCCUCUUCUCCUCCGUCUCCUCCUCCAACCUCAGUGAGGAGGGCGGACACCGGGGUAAGCCAGCAGUAGUAGCCGCUGUACAGCAACAACAGCAACAGCAGUACGGCAGGUCUCAGCAGCAGCAGCAGCGCCGUACCUCCACCACGAGCUCCCCGCUGCUCUCCGACGACAGCGACUUCCUGAGCGAUGACGCCAAGGCAGCCAAGCAUGCGGCGAACGCUCGCGCUGCUGCUGCCGCCACUGCUGCUGCGGCUGCGGCAGCAGCAGCCGGCGCUAAACGCCAGGGCAAGACGGCCGCCAAGGCCGCCAGCUCCUCCGGUUCCUCCUCCUCUCCGCUCUUCAGCUCCUCCUCCUCCAUCUCCUCCUCAGCCUCCUCAAUCAACAUUGUGGGCAGCGCGCCCAGCCGUGGCGGUGGUGGUGGUGGCGGCAGGGGUGGCGGCAGCGUGCAACGCAUGUUGAUGCACCACAGCAGCACACUGUCGAUUGGAGCAGCCCGAAGAUCUGCCGCGGAGCUGCCCCCGGCUUCGGAGCGACGCAGUGCGCGCGCCAAGACCAGUGGCAUCUCCUUCAGCCUCGAGGAAAUGGAGGUCGAGCACAGCGAAGACGCGGACGACUACGAAGUCGACUUUGAUGAUGAAGAUCUGGACGAGGAGAUCGCGGUUGGCCUCAGUGGCGGCGGCGCCGCGUCGUCGUCCAUGAAUCGCGGCGGCGGCGGAGGAAGAUACGGAGGCGGCGCCGCUUCAACUUCCUCGACUGGCAGGCCGCAGACGCGGUACGGCGGUGGGUCGUCAGCAGCCGCCACGCCAGCUCCCGAGCCGACUAGGCCUGCUGCUGCAGACCGUCCCACAACGGGGCAUGGGGGCGGCUCGGCUGCUGCAAAGGGUGGGGCAGCAGCUGCUGGCGGCCGACGCAACGCGGAUUCCCUUGGGGACACUCUGGACCUGAUGGAAGCGAUCGAGAACCUGUCGACCGAUGGCGAUGACGACGAGGAUGAGGAGGACGAUGGACCGGGACCCAUGGGUCGUGGUGGAGGGGCGCGAGGAGGGGGCUAUGUGGGUGGAGGUGGUGGUGGGGGGUACGGUGUUAGCGGGUAUGCGGGCGGUGGAUAUGGUGGUGGCGGUGGAGGGGGUUAUGGAAGUGGCGGCGGGUAUGGAGGAUACCGGGGCGGUGGUGGGUAUGGCGGGUAUUACUAAGAAAGUGGUUGUGAGGAAAGGAGCGUAGGGCGCUUUCAAUUGCAUUUUACUGGGACGCACACAGGGCGAUGAGAGAAGGGGAUGAGAGCUUUGGGCAGCGGCGCAGGAUGCGAGCGGUUAAGAGUGCAAACUCGUUUGUAUAAACUUCACCGAGGCUGCGUACAUAUAUUCGUCUGUUAAUAAAAGGUAUUGUGGACAAUGCGAAGUUACGCUUCCAAGUACGUAAGGGAAGGUACGUCUAACCGAAGUUGUACAAGACGGGAGGGCUAAGAGUGGCGGUAAACCCGGACAAUCAACAUGUAAUUAAGCCUGUAGUUUUAUGCAUAAAGCACGCCUUCAGUAUAGGGGCUUCGACGACGGCUGACUGCGGCUCUGAUGUCGACUGCUGCCUACAACGUUUUUCUAAUAGCGUACUUGUGUCGUGGGACAAUUAACUCACAGUUUGAUUUGCUGUGGAAGUGACCGGCAUCAAAUCGAGGGGCCUCUGGAGUACAAGCAGUGGUCCUUUCAGAUGCCAUCGCAUCCGUACACGUCACAUCUAGGCCGACCCUUCUCAGCAUUAGGAACUAUCACAACGGAUACUUUAUGCACAUGAAUCCCGAGCAGCUUCUCCUCAUUUUGACAACUUUUCUCCAGCUAGUGGUUUCCGAGCCUGGCAGCGAAGAAGCCUUCAGUUUCUGAGGAGCGGUCUAAGUUUGACGUUAACAUAUACUGCGUACUAGGAGCUUUCUGCAUAUCCGGUUUUCUGGUCAUUUGGCUCGGCAAGACUCCAAAUUACUAUCCGUCUAUCCGCCCCGUUUUGGCGCUGUUACGAUUCUUCGGCAGUGAACUAUCUGUAUCGAACUCAUGGGGAACAAGGAAGGCUCAGUGAUACAGUUAAUGCUUGGUGCUGCAAGAAGCUUGUCCCGGCGCUUUUCCGCGGCGCUGGGCCGUCUGCGGCCCAAACCACGCGAGGUUGAGCGGGAGCCCUCGUCAUCAGAAAGAGAAGACUCACGAUCACACCGUUCCCCUUGGGAAUGGGUGCCGGGCCGCGCAAACGUGGAGGAGCACAAAUGCAGCCGUCUGGCACUGAGCAAGUCCUCAGUCAUCAUGUACCGCAAUCAUCACCACGGAAUGGAUAAGCAACUGUCUCGAGGCUUAGUUUCCCCGCCAGUCUCCAUUACCGUCAGACCUUCCAAACAGCAUCUGAAUGUGACUCCUACACCCCCUCCCGAGGAGGAGGCCACCGACACAGCGGGCGAGAAACUGCCUUGGGCGGGCGCCGACGUUCCUCUGCAACAAUACAGCCUGCAGAAAAUCCCGCUUCACCAACAGCCACAGCAGCAGCCGCAGCAGCCGCAGCAGCCACAGCAGCCGCAGCCACAGCAGCCACAGCAACGCCAGCCGUUGCACCAACAGCCGUCACGGACGCUUCUCAGUAACAAUGGCGGCUGGACAGCGGAGGUGGAGAGCGCGUUGAGGUCUGCAAACCGCACAGGUCCGGCCGGAAUGGCACGGUCGCAGAGCAACCCAAACAGCUUUUCCGGCCACACCACUGUCACGCGGACGACGGAAGAGAGGACGCUGACCACCCGGGUAACCCUGACGCGUGUAGUACCGCACACCGGUUGAUGGUGCCUCUGGAUAGCGUUGGUGUCGUGCACAUGACUAAAAUGACGGGACAAUUGUACGGCACUUCCCGG